AUGCCGCCGAUUGCUCGAAAGAAGAAGCCGGGGGGAGGAGGUCUUGGCGCGGUCAGGCUGAGCGCCAAGCCUCUCGCGACGUGGUCAGAUGCAUCGGGAGCGACAGACGCGUCCACUGGAUUCGCACAUGAAGACCCUCCUGCUCCUUCCGCGCAGCUCGAAUCGCCUCAGUCCGUACCUCGCGGAUCUCACGUUGCGUCGGACGCUCUGCCUGCUGCGAUCGAUGGCAGUCACGCCACCCGAACCCAUUCCACUGUCGCAUCUCAGCCGUCGGAUUCACGUCGGCAUCCGUCGAUCCGGGACGUGCAUCCGGCAGAUCCGCUUGACGUUUUGCUGCCGGAAUCCGCGAAGCAGCAUCUGUUUGCAGCGACGGAGCCCGCGCACCCUCCGCACGCAACUGCGAAGCGAGGAGCAAUAGCUGCUUCCAAGAAAGGACUUUCUCAAUCCGUCGCACCGUCGUCGUCCAAUGCGACAUCGCAUGCGACAGAUGCGACCCCUGCGACAUCUGUCGUCGCUCCUGCUAACAGAUCGUCAACAGCACAUCAUCAACCCUCCACCGCGACAUCGUCGCAAGCGCAAGGCGCGGUUCCUCCCGCGUUUGCUCCCGCUCCCCGCGCUGCAGCUUCCGCUCCGCACGGCGCGUCGUCGUCCGCCACGAGUGGCGCGGCGGCGCCGAUUAAGAUCAUCGGGCUCUCCGGCAAGCCGUCGCGGUCGUCGCUCGUCAAAGGCAAGCCGCUGGUCGCUCGCUCCGCCAUCACUCCCUCUCCCGCUGCAACCCCUAAUGCUGCGAAUAGCGUUCCUGCUACCUCGGCUAGCAGCAGCAACAGCAGCGGCAGAAGUGUCAGCCUGUCCACCCUCACUGGUGCUCCAUCCGUCGCAUCAAUCCCCGCUAAUGGCUUUCCCGCUGCAACGCCAGCACCCUCAGCUACGCUUCCGAAUUCUUCCGUUCCGUCUAAACACGCGGAGCCGGCAGCGAGUGCGUUUCUGGGCUUCGACGACGCGGACGAUCUGCGCGCGGAUGCUCCACGCGCGCCCACUCGCCCCGCGCCGUCCUCCGCCGCCGUCGCCGCGCCUCUCCUCCCCCCCCCGACAGUGCCAUUCUUCGACUCCCCGCUCGCCUCAGCCGCACCCGCGCCACCCCUGAGUGCUGCGAGCAGUGGCGGCGGGCCUGGCGGUGAGAAGCAGGCGCAGGCGGCGGAGGAGCAGCAGGCGAGGGAUGCGCAGAUGGAGCAGGCGAGAGAGCGGGAGAAGCAGCGGCAGAUGGAGGAAGAGAGUCGGAAGGAGCGGGAGCAAGAGGAGCGCGAGCGGUUGGAGCAGUUGCGAAUGGAAGAGGAGAGGAGGGAGAGGGAGAGGCUGGAAGAGGAGCGAAGAGAGGAGGAGAGGAAGGAGAAGGAGCUACAGGAACAGCUUAGGGUUGAGCGGGAGAGGAAGGAGAAGGAGCGGCUUGAGCGGCUUAGAGCAGAGAAAGAGAGGAAGGAAAGGGAGAGGGAGGCGCAGCUGAAAGCCGAGCAGGAGAGGAAGGAAAAGGAGAGGCUUGAGCGACUGAGAGAAGAGCAGGAGAGGAAGGAGAGAGAACUAUUGGAGCAGCAACGACUGGAGCAGCUUAGGUUGGAGCAGGAGAGGGAGGAAAGGGAGCGGCUGGAAGUGUUGCAGAAGGAACAGGAAAGGAGGGAGAAGGAGAAGCAAGAGCAAUUAAGAAUCGAGCGUGAAAAGGAGAGAGAGGAGCAAGCGAGGCUGCAGAAGGAGCAGGAGAAGAAAGUGAAGGAAGUGCAAGAACGGAUGGAGAAGGAACGGAUGGAGAAGGAACGGAUGGAGAAGGAACGUUUGGAGAAGGAACGAUUGGAGAAGGAACGAUUGGAGAAGGAACGAUUGGAGAAGGAGAAGAGAGAGGUGAGGGAGCGAGAGGAGAAGGUAAGAAAAGAGCUAGAGAGAAAGCAGAAGGAGGAACAGGAGCAGCAGAGGCGGAAGGAAAAGGAGCGGAAAGAGAAGCUGAAGGCGGAGAGAGAGCGGUUAGAGUGGGAAAAGCGGGAGCAGAAGCGGAUUGAGGAGGAGAAGAAGGAGCAGGAGAGGCGCAAGGAGCAGGAACGGAAGGAGAGGGAACGGCAGGAGGAAUUAAGGAAGGAAGAGGAACGGAAGGAGCGGGAACGGCAAGAGUGGCUCCGGCGAGAGGAAGAGAGGAAGAAGAAGGAGCGGCAGGAGCAGUUGCGACGAGAACGAGAGAGGAGGGAGCAGGAGAGGCAGGAGCGUCUGGAGCAGCAGCGCAGGGAGCGCGAGCAGAAAGAGCGCGAGAGGCAAGAGAUGGAGCGCAGGGAGAGGGAGAGGCAGGCGGAGGAGCAGGCGCAGGAGGUGAGGAAGCAGCGCACGAGGCCCGCUGCUGAAGGCGGCGGAUGGGCAGGCAGCGCGUGGGCCAACGGACGGGAAGACCCCUUGGGAUAUGCUGCGGAGGGUGGCGCCAAGGUGGGUCGUACUCAUGCUGACGUGGCUGCCGGCGCGUCUGCGCGGCUGGCUGCAGGCGAGGAGGCCAACGGCGAGCGGCGGAAGGGGCAGAGCAAGAAGGGCGGGGGCGGUGGGCACGGCGAGGGCUGGGCGGGAGAGGGGGACGGGUGGGGGAGCAUAGACGAGGGUGAUGACUGGGGGAUCGCGGACAGAUUCAUGGCGGAGAGGCCCCUGGGGGAGCGCGCGUAUGCGCGCACCAGCAGCUUCCAGGGCGUUUGCUCCGCUGCCAUGAGCGGAGAGGCGGGCGCGCAGGGGGGGAGGCAGCACGGGGAAGGGUGGGGAGGCCUGGGCGGGGAUGCGUGGAGCGGAUUCGGGGUGGGGGGAGUGGGCGCGCGCAUGGCGCGGCCGGCGACAGCGGGGGGGCGGAGGGAGGGCGCGUGGCCGCUGCUGGGGUCGCUGGUGAAGGCGGCGUCUGACGUGUCCGCGUGGUCGUCUGACGUGCUGCUGACGGGGCAGCCCGGGGAGGAGGCAGGGGAUGGUGCAGGCGCGCGCAGGGAAGGCGUGCAGGGCGGGCAGGAUGGGCAGGGGGUGGUGGGCGAGGGGGGUGAUGUGAAAGAGGAGGGCGUGGGUGGAGCUGUUAGCGGGCGGGGAGGGGACUGUGUGGGGGAGGACAAGGAGAGCAAUGAGAGCAAGAUCCGCAGCCUGUUUGACAAGGCUGGCGCAGGGCGCGAGGGCCCCGGCGCUAAGCUUGGGUCACAGGUCAUCAACCAAGGCGCGUUGGCCCUCAAGGGCCUCGCCAUGCCCGUGCUCUCCAUGCUGGGAGGCGCAGCUGCGGACCCAGCCACUGCCGCCUCCGCUGCUCCAGCAGCAGCACCUGCUGCUGCUGCUGCUGCUGCUGACGGCGCCAAGCCCACAUGGGGUGCGGCGAGCGCAGCUGGCUUUGCUUCUUGGAUGGGCGGAGGGGACGAGGGCGGCGAGGGCGGAGCGGAGGCUGGGGCAGAAUUGGGGGCUAGCGGCAGGGAGAAGGGAGGAGGUGGGGCGAGGAAGCAGCUGGGGUGGGAGGAUCUGGUGAGCAUGGACUUUGGGGGCGUGGCGGAGGACGCGGACGAGGGGGGCGCGGAUGGGGGGGCGUCGGGCGAGGUGGGUGUGCUGGCCAUGCUGCAGAGGGGACUGGCGGACGAGGAGGACGAAGAGGAAGAGGAGGAAGAAGAAGAGGAUGAUGUGAUGGCAGCGCUGGCGAGCGGCAGUGCAGUGCGGCUGGGGGGACCCAUGAUGGCGUCGGUGGCGUCUGCAGUGUCGGCUGCUGCGUCCCGCCUGCUCAAGGCCACUGCCAGUGAGGAGGACGCUGCCGCCUUCUUUGCUGCUGUGGACCGCGACGCUGCCCGCCCUGCCCCGCCCACUGCUGCUGCUGCUGCCGCUGCUGCCGCCCUUGCAGGGCCCACGGCGCAGCUGCUGCUGGGUGCACAGGGCGCUGAUGGCUCAGGAUUGGCGGAGUCUGGUUCUGCGAGGGUUGUAGAGGGUGCUGUUGGCGUGGACGAUGAGGAUGGGCAGGGGGAAGCCACGGCUCCUGGUGUUGGUUCCGAUGCCACUGCGCUUGAUACAGCCGUGGAGGGAGGUGACGAGGGGACCGGUGGUGCGAUGGUAAGUGGAGAUGGCGUGGAGGGGGGAGAAGGGCAGUGGAGUGGAGCAGGUGAGCAGAGCGCGGGGGAGCAGAGCGCAGGGGAGCAGAUCGCGGGCGAGGGGUAUGUUGGAGAGCAGCAGAUGGCGGUGGAGGGCGGGGAGGCGGGGCAGGAGGGGCAGGCGUGGCAGGCGUAUCAAGACGGCCAGGCGGGAUGGCAGCAUGCGAGUCAGGGCGAGGGGCAAUAUGCAGGCCAGGGCGAGGGACAGUACGGGGGGCAGGUGGAGGGGCAGUAUGGGGGGCAGGGGGAGGGGCAGUAUGGGGGGCAGGGGGAGGGGCAGUAUGGGGGGCAGGGGGAGGGGCAGUAUGGGGGGCAGGGGGAGGGGCAGUAUGGGGGGCAGGGGGAGUGGCAGUAUGGGGGGCAGGGGGAGGGGCAGUAUGCAGGUCAGGGGGAGUUGACAGCGGAGCAGUGGGAGGAGCAGCAGCGGCAGUGGGCAGAGGCGUACCCUGGCUGGUACUGGAACUACGCAGCAGGUGAGUGGAGGCAGAUCGAGGGCUAUCCGUCAGCCGCUUGGCCUGAAGCUCCGCAGGCAGAAGCGUGGCAAGGGGGAGGCGAGGCGGUGGCGGGUGGGUGGGAUGGAGCAGAGGGGAUGCAUGUGGAGGAGAUGACAGAUGUGGCAGGCCAGGCUGAGAUGACAGUGGCAGAGUCAGCUGACGUCCUGCUACCUGUCCCUGCUGCUGGUUCAUCUGAGUUUCAGCCGGUGCCAAUGGCAGCAGGAGGUGAUGAGAGCAAGGAACAGACUGAGAGCAUUGCGCAGGAGGGCGUAGCAGGAGAGAGUGGGGGUGAGCAGCUGCCGAGCAGUCCCACUCUGCAGCCCUUCUCCUUCGAUGCUGCUCCUCCUCUGCCUCUCCUCCCUGACUCCCAACCCAUCGUUCCCCCGCUCUCCUCUGAGCUCACUCAGGUGGGCGCGGGGAUGGAUAGUGGGGCGGAGCUGCGUGUGUGUGACGGAGGCGAGGCAGGGAGGGAGGAGGUUGCUGAGGAACAUGCUGCGGUGACAGACGCAGCAGGUAUGGAAGUGGGGAGCGCGGGUGGUGUGGGCGAGGGUGGGCAUGGUGCGUUUGACGCGGAGGGAGGCGAGGGGCAGGGUGAUGCUGACAUGCGGAUGGCAGGGGAGCAGGGGCAGAUGGCAGGUGAAGCGGCAUGGGAGAACGAGCAGCAACAGGAGGGGCAGCAGGCGGAGGGCCAAGGAGUAGAGGCAACAGUAGUUGGUGAGUCGGGGGUUAUUGCAACGGAGUACCCGGGGUGGGUGGUGGAUGCAGUGACAGGCGAGUGGCGGCAGGUGGGCGAGGUGGCAGCGGCAGCGGCAGAUGGGGCUGGCGGUGCGGCAGCAGAGGGGGAUGCUAUAGCGCUGCAGUACCCCGGGUGGCGCUGGGAUGGCCUUAUUGGCCAGUGGGUGCCGGAUGACCAGCCGGAUGCUGCUGCUGUGGCAGAUGCGGAUGGGGCUGAAGCUGCUCCGGACUUGGCUGAUGCUGCUGCUGGAACGGCGCUAGCAGUAGAGGCUGUAGCAGCAGACGCUGUAGCAGCGGAGGCUGUAGCUGAAGGCACAGAGGCGGCAGUUGCUGCAUCAGGUGAGCCCAUUGCGGGGGAGCAGCAGUGGGUCCCGGGGUCUGAAGCAAGGGAACCUGUAGCCUCAAGCGGGGAGGGUUCGGAGUGGAUGGAAGCAGGCGAGGGGGAGGUGGUCGAUGCAGUAGCGGGAGAGGAGGGCACAGGGGCCGCUGCAGAGGCAAUGGGAGAUGCAGCAGCAGGGGGCGCAGAGGGCGACGGUAGUCAGAGUGAGGCAGUUGCAACGCAGGUAGUGGAUUCAGCUGAGGGUGUGGUUGAGGAUCCUGUAGGAGAUUCAGCAGAAUAUCCGGUGCCAGAGGAGCAAGUGUUGUCAGCAGGAGGAGAAGCAGUGGAGGCACAGGGUUGGGAGGCAGACGGGGCAGGCAGUGAAGCAACAGCAGCGGGUGCAGUGGAAAGUGCAUUCACUGAGGGUGCGGAGACAGCAGGAAGUGAGGCUAUUGCAACGGAGUACCCUGGGUGGGAGUGGGACGCUGUGGCGGGCGAGUGGGUGUUCACAGGCACGCAGCCGGCUGUACCUGCCGACUCUGCUGCUGCUGACUCUGCUACUGCUGCUGGCGACAUGGGUGAGUCUGUGGCUCUGGUAGGGGCGGAAGGAAUGGCGGCAGGUGGUGAAGCAGGGGGCGCAGCAGCCGUGGUGGCAGGGGAGGGGUGGCCUGAGAGUGAGGUGAGUGGGGCAGCUGUAGACUGGCCGGCAGAUGCGGCUGAGGGAGGCAUUGAGGGGUCGUUUGUGGGGUUUGAGGCUGAGGGGCAGGUGGUGAGUGAGGCUAUGGGGGAGGCGAUGGAGGGGGAGGCAGGUAGUGCAGGAGGGGAGGCGGAUGGCAAGGCGGAGGCAGACGGAUUUGCGGAUAGCGGUGUUGUGGCUGCGACUGAAGCUGAGGUCAGUGCUCCAGUGGUGGAGGCUUCGGAGGCAGUUGGGGGGGCAGAAGAGGGAGAGGGAGAGCAGGAGGUGGGGGAAGGAGCGGUGGAGGGGUGGGCAGACGGGCAGCAGCAGGGAGAGUUGACGGCGCUGGAUGCAAUGGCAGAUGCAGCAGCAGCUGAUGUGGAUGCUGGUGCUGCUGGUGUUGCUGCUAGUGUGGGUGCCGAGGAGACGACAGCUGUAGUCACAGCAGAGGCAGAGGGUGUUUCGCAGGAGCCCUUUUGGGCAGAGGCAGGGCCCACGGAGGGAGGCUAUGGUGAUGUGCUGGGGGUGGGCGCAGGUGGUGCAGAGGAGGCAGUGGGAGAGGGCGGUGGAGGGACAGCAGGAGUGGUGGCGGCAGAGGCAGAGGGUGCAGAGGCAGCAGGGUACGAGGCGAUAGCAACGCAGUACCCCGGGUGGAUGUGGGACCCAAUCACGGGCCAGUGGGUGCCCACAGACGAGCAACCCGCUGUAGCAGAGGCGGCUGAAGCAGCUGACGUUGGUGGAGCAGUUGAGGUCACGGGAGCAGCUGAUGCUGCUACAGCUGGUGUGAGUGGGUUCGAAGAAGGCAGUGCAGUGCUUGAGGCGGCAGCAGCACCAGCAGUAGAUGCAGCAGUAGCUGGGGCGGGGAUGGGGAUGGGGGAGGGCGAUGGGGUGUUUGAGGAGCAGGACCUAUCAGAGGCCCCAGGGACGGUUGUGGACUCACUGGCAACGUCUGGGCCUGAGGUGGCUGUUGAGGCAGAGGGUGUAGCAGAGGCAGAGGGUACUGGGGGAGAGGGUGCAGCAGGGCAAGAGGGGACGCCAAAAAAAGAAGGGUUAGCAGGAGAGGAAGGUGCAGCAGGCAAAGGAGACGUGUUUUGGAAGGAGGAGGUGGUGGAGGCAGUUGCUGUGGCAGCCCCAUGGGAAGCAGAGGGUGGGUCGACAGAAGCUGAGGGCGGGAUAAGCACGUCAGUGUUGAGUGCAGAUGGGCCUGGGACUGAGGUGGCGGGUGGAGAGGCACAGCCAGAGGCCGAGGCACAGGCAGAGACGUUUGCGGUUAGUGGCGAGGCAGCAGGGGGCGACGCCAUUGCAACGGAGUACCCGGGGUGGGUGGUGGAUGCUGUGACUGGCGAGUGGCGGCAGGUGGGCGAGGCGGCGCCAGCAGCAGCAGAUGGGGAGGCCAUCGCGCUGCAGUACCCCGGGUGGCGUUGGGAUGGCCUCCUGGGCGAGUGGGUGCCGGACGACCAGCCAGAGGCUGCUGCUGAUGGGGCUGAAGCUGUGGCGGCAGUGGCAGCUGUGAACGAGGGUGAGGCGGCAGAGGUAGCUGCAGUGGAGGCGGUGGGUGAAGCAGCAGAGAGCUCGGGUGUGGAAGCUGUUGGUGGGGAGGCCGGGGGAGUUGAAGGCGGUGCUGAGGGGGGAGUGAUAGCGACGGAGUACCCGGGGUGGAGGUGGGACCCUGUGGUGGGUCAGUGGCUGCCCACGGACGAGCAGGUGCCUUCUGGUGCAGGCGCAGCUGCUGCUGCAGACGAAGCUACUGCUGCUGUUGUGGAGGCGGUGGGUGGCGCAGGGGAUGGGGCAGCAGCGAUGGCUGGCAGCGUGGCAGCAGCGGGGGGGAGUGCAGGGAGUGCGGGUGGAGUGGGUGCAGGGUUUGGGGCGGCGGAGGCGGAUGAGUGGGCUCAGUUUGAAGAAACGGUGCCCAAGGAAGGGGAGGCAGAGGGGGAAGCUGCUGCAGAUGCAGGCAGUGCGGGGGCGUCUCAGGGCGAGCCUGCCAUGCAGCUGUCGUUUGAGGCAGCUCCCCCCCUCCCUGGCCUCGCCCCACCUCCCGAUCCUCUUGCUGCUGGGACUGAGGACGUGAGCGCAGAGGCAGGUGGGGAGGGGCUGGGCGAGCAGGGUGGCGCGCAGGGGGUAGAGGCAGCUGCUGCUCCGGAGGAGGCGAGUGCAGGAGGCGAGGUGGCAGGUGGAGCAGGGGAGGGCGACUCAGGGGCGUGGGCGCAGCAGGAGUGGAGGCAGUGGGGGCAGACAGAGUAUGGCGCGUACAAUGCUUGGUACUACCCGCAGCAGCACCACGCACAGCAAGGGAAGGUACAAACACAAGCCACAGAGUAUGGCGGCACAGAGGCAGUGACUGCUGCAGUAGGGGUUAACGGGGAAGCAGUGGCAGCAGAGGGUGCAUCCUCCUACCCCUCACCACCAGACAGUGCCGCCUCACAGCCUCUGCAGCAGCCGCCAGUGGCCAUGCAGCCACAGCCGUUCCUGCCCGCCCCUGCCCCAUGGGGGGAGGGCGGUGCAGCAGAGGCGCAGGGCGGCAGCAGCUACCCUGGUGGGUCGUCUCAGCCCGACCCUGGGUACGGCCCUGCAGGCCCGCGCUACAGCCAGCCCGAUCCUGGCUACAGCCAGCCACAACCACUCGCCCCCUGGGUGCCAGGCACGGCAGGGAAGCCUGGGGUGGGGCUCAUGGUGCCAUCUGCCCCAUACUCGCAGCAGCAGCAGCAAGCACAGCAGCCGGCAGGAGUUGGGGGGGCGGCCGUGGUGGUGCCUGGUAGCUCGCUUGGACAGACCAUGGGGUCACAGGGGCAGGUGGAGCUGUCCCCGCCAGUGCAGCGGGCGCUGAAGGUGCUGCCCCUGCCGCACCUGCUGAGCCUCGCCGCCCACCAUGGCGCCUCCACGGCCGCCAGCACCGCCGGCGCGCUCUACCUCGCCCCGCUCACCGGCAAGCACGCGCCCAAUGGGCCGCUGACAGCUGGCGGCAUGUCUGCCAAGGAGCUGAGCAAGUGGCUGGAGGAGCGGGCGGAGCGGAGCGGCGAGGAGGAGGAGGCGGAGGGAGCGGGCGGUGGGGGUGCAGGGGGUGCGGAGAGGGCAGGGAGUGUGGCGCUGCUGUGGCGGGUGCUGCGAGUGGCGUGUCAGUUCUACGGGCAGCUCAGGAGGGAUGGCAUGGGCAGCCGCUCCGCACAGGGCGAGUCAUCACCAGAGGCAGAGCUAGCCAAGGUACUGGCAGCGACAGAAUCUGGAGCCAGCACCGCGACAGCCACGCCCGCUGCCGCUACAACCGGGUCCUUUCCCUCGGUGGCAGCGCCGGCAGGUGCAUUAGCUCCCAUGGUGCCAUACGCCUCUGCGUGGUCACCCCUGCCUGCUGCCGCCUCUGCCGCUGCCCACGUGUCGGACCUCCAACUGCCCAUUCCCACUGAACCUGCUGUCCAGGCGGCGGCACAGGAGGUGAAGGCGCAUCUGGUGGCGGGGAGGCAUGUGCAGGCGCUGGAGGCAGCCAAGGCGGGCCACCUGUGGGGGCUGGCGCUGCUGCUCGCGCAGCACAUGGGCGGGCCUACUGACUCGCGCCUCUUCCUCUCCACUGCACAUGCCAUGGCGUCACAGCAGUUCGCCCCUGGUGCCCCUCUGCGCACACUCACUCUGCUACUCACUCAGCAGCCAUCUGCCGUGUUUGCCUCUGCUGCCGCUGCCACCGGUGCCGCUGCUGAUGCCACCAAGACAGGCGUCGGUGGUGCUGGUGCUGCUGGUACUGCUGCUGCUGCUGCUGCUGCUGUUGGCAGCAGUGGGAGCAGCGACGAGGGUGUGAGGGCGAUGGUGGCGGAGUGGAGGGAGAAUCUGGCGCUCAUGGCAGCAACGCGCACGAGUGGCGAUGAGAGGGUCAUCUCCCACCUGGGCGACUGCCUGUGGCGCCUCAGGGGGGACGUGGCCGCAGCACACAUCUGCUACCUCGUCGCAGCAGGCAGUCUGGAGCCCUUUUCCUCCUCGGCACGCAUGUGCCUGCUGGGUGUAGACCACCUGAAGCACCCACGCACGUUUGUGACAGCGCAGGCCAUUCAGCGCAGUGAGGUGCUGGAGUAUGCGUUUGUUCUCGGCAAUCCUCAGUUCGUGCUGCUGCCCCUGAUGCCCUUCAAGCUUGUUUACGCCGCCAUGCUGGCCGAAGCAGGCCGCGCGGGCGCCGCCCUCAAGUAUUGUAGCACGGUGCUGAAGAUGCUCAAGGCGGGUGGCAGGGGGCGGGGGGUGGCGGUGGAGGUGGAGGGGUGGAGGGCAGCAGCGGAGCAGAUGGAGGAGCGCCUCAAGGUGCACGUGCAGGGGGCAGGGGGGGGCGGGGUGGCGGCAGCACGCGUGUUUGGGGACCUUAUGAGCUUCCUUGAUAGAGGCGCUAGGAAGAUUGUGGGUGGGGGGCCUGCUGCUACGCCUCUUGCGCCAGGUGUCGCAUCGGCAUUGGGUGGGGGCGCCAUGGGGGACAUUGUGCCCGGAGGGGCUGGGAGCAAGCCAGGCUUGGGCGAGUCGUCUCGGUUUGGUUCGGCGCCGAACCUGGGGGUGGCUGGGAAGGCUAGUACGACAGGGGGAGGGGGGUGGUGGGGUCUGGGUAAGCGCGCCAUUCCUGCGUCCACAUCGUCCCCGGGCCUGCACAGCGCGUCCGGGCCGAACCUGGUAGGCUUGGUGGAGGGGCAGGGUGCGAGUGAUGCAGCUCCGGGUAGUGAAGGUGGUGUGGCGAGCAGCUACAGUGCUGCUGCUGCUGCGAUGGCUGGUGGUGGUGGGGUGGCAGAUGGCUGGUCUGGUGGUGCGGCAGCAGCAGGGUCGGGGGCACAGGGUGGAAUGGGAGGGGAGCAGGGCAUUGCGUGGAGCGGAGGGACGAGUGUUGGUGUGCAAGGGACGGCAGGUGGUGGCAGUGAAUGGGGGCAGGGGGGUGGGCAGGCAGGGCAGACGCCAGCUAUCAAGGAAGACGAGCCGCUCUCCAUGGCAGCGUUUGCAGCGGAGUGGCACGGCACGCCCAGUGCAGCAGGGUGGGGGUCAGGCCACCUCACACCCAUCCGUGAGUCCCCCAGCGGCGAGGGUGACACUGACCUCGUGCCGCAGGCCCAGCCCGCCCUUGUGCCCCGCUCCCAGUCGGCCUCCGCUGCAGAUCUACCCGCCCCAGGUGCACCUGCGGCCAAGAAGGCUGCCCCGCGCAGCCGAUUCUCCCUGGCUGGGCUGCUAGGCGGGCACCCGAGCAAAGUGAGCCCGCAGGACAUGGCUGAGGGGAGCACUGAUGCCACACUCACUGGGGCGGGUGGGAAGGCGGGAGGAAGCAGCGAUGGGAGUGGGGGCGGUGGGCCGUCGGCAUCAUCCUCAUCAGCAUCGCUGCUGGGCACGUCAUCGUCCAUGGGGCUGGUGACAGAGGAGGCAGUGGAGGGGCUGCUCACUACUGGCGCUGGCAUGUCCAACAAACGUAGUGCUUCAGCUCCUGACAUGGGGCAGGCCAUGCCGAUGGGCAUUAUGUGCCUCCGUGUCUCACCCUCCUCCCUUGCCUUUCGUGUCUGCUGCACCCAUUGCCUUCUCCCACCCCAUCGGCAGGCCAAGGGCAGCAAGGGCGGAGGGGGCAAGCCGCCAGCAGCGCCAGGGGGGAAGGGGCUGGGGCGGCUCUUUGGCUACUUCUGGGGGGGCGGCUCUGCUGCUGGGAGCUCAGGGGGAGGAGGUGCAAGUGGGAAACAGUGCCCUUACCCACACAUUCCCGACAUGCUGUUGCUUCCAUUCUCGCGCCUCUCCCCCCCUUGUGCACGGGCAUGGCAGGCGAAGCUGGGCGGGGAGAACACGUUCUAUUUCAACGAGAAGCUGAAGCGGUGGGUGGAGCGAGGCAAGGAGGACGAGUCAGCAGCUGGUGCUGCGCCAGCUGCUGAUUCCACGUACGUGGACACAUUCAACAAGGGCGCCACACCCGCACCCACGCCUGCCGCGUCGCUGCUGCCGUCCAUCCCGCGCCCCAUGCGUGCUGCCCCCGGAGCAGCCACGCCCGCAGCAGGAGGGCCACCCAAGAUCUUCAUGCCUGCUGCCCCCAUGGCCGUCAUGACCCCUGCCCGCUACGACUCAGGGAGGGGACGCCAGUGGCACGGAAGGGGUGUGGCGGUUGGGGCAGCACCGGGAGCAGCAGGGGGGUCGGGCAGGGCGGGGCAGAGAGUGGGGGGGCAAGGAGGUGCGGGGGUGCAGCAGCACAAGGGCGUGUGGGCAGCGCAGGGGUACAUGGCAGCUGCGCCUCCCAUGCUGCCACCGGGUGGACAGGUUGCACCGGGAGCACUGGGAGCAGUAGGAGCGGUGCAAGGGUUUGCAGGCAGUGGAGCAUGGGGUGGUGCUGCAGUGGAUGGCAGCAGCAACGGCUUCCCAGGGGCUGAUGACAUGCAGCAGGUGGAGCUGUGA